GAGCCGGGCAGGGAAGGGAAGAUGGCGGCGGCGGAGCGGAGCAGAUCCCCGGUUCCCGGGGGGUCCCCGGUGCCGGCCUGUAUGUUCGCCCCGGAGCCCGGCUCCCCGGGCGGACGGCCUCGCGUGGCGGCGGCCGCCUGUCCCCUCCGCGCAGCCUUCGAUGGCGAGGACGGCGAGGCGCUCAACGGCGAGCCGGAGAUCGACCUCACCAGUAAGCUGGUGAUGGUGAGUCCAACUUCAGAGCAGUAUGACAGUUUGCUCCAGCAGAUGUCAGAGAGGAUUGAUGAGGGAUGUGGGGAGACCAUCUAUGUCAUUGGACAAGGAUCGGAUGGGACUGAGUACGGGCUGAGUGAGGCAGACAUGGAGGCGUCCUAUGCCACGUUGAAGAGCAUGGCAGAGCAGAUUGAGGCAGAUGUGAUCCUCCUGAGGGAGCACCAGGAGGCCGGGGGCAAGGUGCGCGACUACCUCGUUCGGAAACGUGUGGGUGACAACGACUUCCUGGAGGUCAGGGUAGCAGUGGUUGGCAAUGUGGACGCAGGGAAGAGCACCUUGCUGGGUGUCUUGACUCACGGCGAGUUAGACAAUGGCCGGGGCUUUGCUCGGCAAAAGCUCUUCCGCCACAAGCACGAGAUUGAGUCAGGUCGCACCAGCAGUGUGGGCAAUGACAUUCUGGGCUUCGACAGCGAGGGCAACGUGGUGAACAAACCUGACAGCCACGGUGGCAGCUUGGAAUGGACAAAGAUCUGUGAGAAAUCCACCAAGGUCAUUACUUUCAUUGAUCUGGCUGGUCACGAAAAAUACCUGAAAACCACCGUGUUUGGCAUGACCGGCCACUUACCUGACUUCUGCAUGCUUAUGGUUGGGAGUAAUGCUGGGAUUGUUGGAAUGACCAAGGAGCACUUAGGCCUGGCGCUUGCACUUAACGUUCCUGUCUUUGUUGUGGUGACCAAGAUUGACAUGUGCCCUGCCAAUAUCCUGCAAGAAACCCUGAAGCUGUUACAGCGACUGCUGAAGUCCCCAGGGUGCAGGAAGAUUCCCGUGCUGGUUCAGAGCAAGGAUGAUGUCAUUGUAACAGCCUCCAACUUCAGCUCAGAGAGGAUGUGCCCAAUUUUCCAGAUUUCAAAUGUUACUGGGGAGAAUCUAGAUUUGCUGAAGAUGUUUCUUAAUCUCUUGUCUCCACGGACCAGUUACAGGGAAGAAGAACCAGCAGAAUUCCAGAUAGACGAUACUUACUCUGUCCCGGGUGUAGGAACAGUUGUCUCUGGGACGACACUGAGAGGGCUGAUCAAGCUAAAUGACACUCUGCUGCUGGGGCCAGAUCCCCUUGGCAACUUCCUCCCUAUUGCUGUCAAGUCCAUCCACCGCAAGAGGAUGCCCGUCAAGGAGGUGCGGGGAGGCCAGACUGCCUCCUUUGCCUUGAAGAAGAUCAAGCGUUCUUCUAUACGGAAAGGCAUGGUAAUGGUAUCACCACGCCUGAAUCCACAAGCAUCGUGGGAGUUUGAAGCAGAGAUUCUGGUGCUCCAUCACCCCACCACCAUCAGCCCACGAUACCAGGCCAUGGUGCAUUGUGGCAGCAUCCGUCAGACGGCCACGAUUCUCAGCAUGGACAAGGACUGCCUGCGGACAGGGGACAAAGCCACGGUGCACUUCCGCUUCAUCAAAACCCCGGAAUAUUUACAUAUAGACCAGCGGCUGGUCUUCCGGGAAGGCCGCACCAAAGCUGUGGGUACCAUCACUAAGCUACUCCAGACCACCAAUAACUCACCAAUGAACUCCAAACCACAGCAAAUCAAGAUGCAGUCAACAAAGAAGGGAGCUGUUACGAAACGAGAGGAUGGUGUUCCUGCUGCUGGGAUGGCAGCUGGAGGCCCAGCAGCUGGGGAUGAGGCCCCCUCAACAGCUGCAGCACCACUGACACCUACUGCCCUGCAACCAUUGCCUGCACUGGAUGAAGAGCCCCACAUCCGUGAGGGCAAUAAGGUAUUUGGCUGCUCUCAAAGAGAAACAGUGGGUUUGCUGAGGUUGGGAAAAGAGUCAGGCGAGCCUGAGAGCCAUGGUAGGGGGUGGGGGGCUCUCCUUCAAUUCUGUACAAAGUCAAGGGAGCCUGAGGCUUUGAUUUCCUGUAUGCUGAGCCCCAUGGCACUUGCUGGCUCUCAUGAGAGUGAAGCAUUUAGAAACUUGGGAAAUCAAAUUCUUCCCAGCUCGAAGGGCAAAACUUCCUGGUGCAUCUGUCUCUCCUCCUUCCCUCAUGGUGUGUCUGUCUCCCUCCUGCCUUAUCUCCUUCCUGCAGUGGUAGAAAGCUGAUCAGUCACAGCUGCCCUGCUGCUGUCUGAAUGUGUGUGUGAUCCAUCUGAAUUCCUGCUGUUUUGAUGUCCCAACAGAGGGGUUGCUUUGCACUAAAGUCGGUCUUGUUUUUCAGUCAAAAGUCGGAGGAGGAGGCCGUCGACGUGGGGGUCAGCGCCAUAAAGUGAAAUCUCAGGGAGCCUGUGUGACUCCUGCCAGUGGCUGCUGAAUUUCUUAUUUCUCCUCUCUCUGAAGAAUUCCUCCCCAUCCCUUCAUUUCUUAUCCAAAACAUCCAGAGCAGCGUAAACCAAAACCCAUCCCAGCAGAUUGGCUGCAGAAGAAUCGUCCCUCCUCCCUGCACGAAGCAAUGGAGAGGAGCAUAAUUUAUAAGCUAAUGAAGGUGGUAAGACAGAACUGAGUAACUGACACCUUCCUCCUCCCCCUGUCGACACAUUUUUGUACAUCAUGGGCUUAGUUUUUAUUCUUAUUAGUUUUUAUUAUAUUUUGUGUGCAUGAAGAUGAGAGGGGAGUCUGGAUAGAGCUGCGAAGAGCCAGUUAGUUGCCUCCCUCCUCCCUCACCCCUUUCUGUCCACAGGACUUGCUGCUCUCCCCUAUUUGCUGUCUCAGAUCCAGGGAUUAUCAGAUGCCUGAAAUUUCAGACUUGCAUAGGUUAAAACAGGUUGUUUAGGAUGGCUCCAUGGAGCAUUGUUUCAUCAUCACUGUGGCCUUGUGCCAAACAUGGUUUGGAUUCCCUCCCUUUUAAACUAUUUCUAAGUGGAUUUAAUUUAAUGUUGUAAUGACUGAAGUUUGAAGGAGAUGGUGAGAAAGUUCUUUAGUAAGAUAUCUAAGAGGGAAACAAAUUGGAAAGCAGUUGUUGAUGUUAAGUUCAGGGAUCCUAUGCUCAAUAUCCUCAAAUAAUGUUGAAAGCACUUAAAAUUUUAACUAGCAACAGAGUUAAAUGGGCAGGCAUUUACCCACCCAGUUCCCCUUCCCACCGUGCUGCUUUUCCUAGUGUUUGUUCAGUGCACAUUGGAGCACAUCUAACCUGCCUUCCAAGGCUGCAGCAGCUCCACUGACAGUAUUAAGAACAGUGCAGGAGCACUCAGUCCGUCCCUUGAGCCAGAGAAAGCCUUCUUACGUCGACGGACAGAGGUCAGAGGUGGUAAGAUACCUUUGGAACAGAGACAUCAGGCUAACAUGACCUCCCCUUGAUUUUGUUUACUCCAAGAUAUCCAAAACCUUUUUGGAACUCACUGGCCAAACUUUGCCAUGGCAGAUGCAGGAUUUGUCUUCCCCCCUCUUGGCCAAAGAGGGCAGUGACAAAUUGGUACCAAAUUUAUAGAAGUGCUUUCAACGUUGGAAGUACAUGGUAAUUUUUCUGACUUUCACUUAUUUUUUUUUAAGAUUUUAUUUUUCUUACUGAGAAAUUCUGGCUUCUCCAAGAAGGCCCUGCAAGGACAGUUUACAAAUUACUGUUAGAAUGGUUUUUUUAACCAUUUAAUGAGUUUUUCAAGUGAUUGAUUCCCUGCUUAUUUUGAUCUCUUUUCUUCUAACCCUGCCUCCUCCCUUGGCUUUGGUGAGGACAGGAAUGAUCCUCUGCCAGUUUAUGGUGAGCUCUGGGAGCAUGGCAGCAUUUUGAGGAGGAGGCGGCAGCCUCAGCAAAUCAUGGCUCCCCCCAGCAGGAGUGGUCAGGCUCGGUUUCUCUGAGGGCUUCCUCCUCCAAUGAAGGACUUCUGUUUUAAUCAGAGAGAGACUGCAAAUUUUCUGUCCCUCCUUAGUGGGCUGUUCCUGUUCCUCACUCUGUGUCACCUGUGUGGAGUUCAUUGCAGCUUACCUUGUGACUCAGGGUAGGCUUCCAGGCCGGCUGAGUGGCAGAGCGCAUCUCCCGCUGCCAACACCAGCACUCCAAGAGCAUUAAGCAGCACGGGAGAGGUGAAACAUGGUUUGGAGACCAGGUCCUUUGCCUUAGAGACUGCAGUGGGUGGAAGCGGGAGGUCAGACAGUCCUUUUCCAAGCUAUGUGCCUAAAUACCAGCACUCUCCUGGCGAGGGAGGAACUAUAGGCGGCUACAACACUAAUAGCACCCGCAUUGUUGAGGGGGUGUGAGGUGUGGCUAAGCAGGGCACGAGGGCCUGGCUUGUUUGUCUUAUGGCCCUGUAGCAGCAUCAAACUGCAUCUGAUUUCACUGCUCUCUGCUUCUGAGGGGAGCAGGGAGCUCCAGGCGGUUUUCUCUUUCUCCAUUCCUUGUGCUCCAAAUGAAGGAGACUGCCGAGACUGAAAGAAGGUUCACUUCAAUUUGUGCAAAGGAGGUGGUGUGAUCUCUCUUUUGUGACCAGCAUUUACAGAUCACUCAGGCUGGUGUGAUCUAUAAAAUAAAUUUUAAAAAAGUUUGUUCCAAGUAAAA